UGCCGACACUCUGCCGACACUGUUGGCGACUCAUCCACACCAGCAACAUCUCACCAUACACCUCUCGCCCAGAGCCACACUCAUCUCGCUGCUGCCCCUCGGCCCGCCGAGACUCUCCGCCCGCCUCGCCCGCCCGUUCGCACCACCCCAGGCACAAUGACGCAAGACAAGCCUUUGGCCACCACCCCGUGCCGCGGCCCGUCCUGCUCACGGCCAAAACAAACAAUUGCGCCCUCUCCCCCAAAGGUCCCCGCUCGUCCUGGCCCCCAACUUCCGCCUCGUCCUGCAGUCGUUGCAGUCCUGCCCAGGAGACACCCCAGUCUCUCCCCCCCUUCCUCCUUCGCCUUUGACCCUCCCCUUCGCCCUUGGCUCCCCUUCGUCGUCCCCUUCCCGCUAAUCCCCUCGCUCCUUGCACUCGAGCUCAUUUGUGACCACCCCUGCGUUUCUGUAAUCGUGUCUGUAGUUGCACCUCCCCCCUCCCUUUCGUUGCCGCCACCUCCUGCACGUCUUGAUCCGUUUCCGCCCCUCGGCCUGCCCUCCUGUCUUGUCCUUCUUCCUCUCCUGUCUGGAUCGUCCCGGUCUUACUCGCGGCCGUCCAACCGCAUCCCCGUCAGCUUUCUCAGUCUUGGCACCCCAUCCGCCGGUUCUCUCCUAUUGCUCUCCAGCUCAAACGACAUACCCAACCGCAUCCUCUCCGGCUAUCGUCUUACCCGUCGCCGGCGCUGCUGUCUCUGUCUGCUGUCUUCAUCGUUUGGCUACCCAAGGUUCCUUCGUCCCAGUUCCAUGCCGACCUUCAGAGUCCUGAUUUGAUCCCCCCCCCUUCCUUCGUCCCACACUCCCCUCCCCAUUCCUGUUGCCACCACACUCUCUGUUAUCUUUCCUUCUGGUCUGGCCCACCACGAGUCGCCACCUCUCGCACGGCUCCUGCCCUGAUAUCCCUGCCUGCCGUCCUUGGGUGUGCGUGUUUCGUCUUGCCGUCGCCUUCCCUGCAUCCGGAUCCGUUGCCAAAGCCCCAGUCCCUCAUACACAGAAAAAGAAAACCCUGGCCCUCUCGCUGGCUGCAUUGCCACCCCCAAAUCUGCCUGUCUUGCCAGUCCCUUGACCCAU